GGAAGAAAAUGACUCCAUUAAUGUAUGCAGCCCGUGAAGGUCAUCCUCAAGUUGUAACUCUUCUUGCUGCUCAUGGAUCAGAAAUAAAUGCCCAGGAUGAACGUGGUUACACAGCAUUAACGUGGGCAGCACGCCAAGGUCAUAAAAAAGUAGUCUUCAAGUUGCUCGAAUUGGGAGCUGAUAAAUCAAUACAGACCAAAGAUGGACUGACAGCAGGAGAGAUUGCAAAGAGCAACAAGCAUUCAGAGCUUUUUAGCUUACUUUCAUUGAGUAAACACCCUUUCCAAGAAAGAUUCAACAACCUGACCAAAGAAGAGGCUAUUCACAAACUUCUGAAAGCCAUUCCCAAUACAUUUAAAAACCAGAAAACCAGUUCUUAUUCAGCCUUUGGUGACCUGGAGGUGUUUUUACAAGGUCUUGAGCUUGAACAUUUAACAGAGGUCCUGAAGGAGGGAGAAAUUGGUUUAAGGGAGCUUUGGACCAUGGAAAAGAAGGAUUUUACACAGGUUGGCUUAAUACAGAUGUUUCUAAUUUUUCACAUCACACAACAUUUUUAAUAUUGAUGUACAUUUUAAUU